UGUCCUUUUUUCUGUCCCAGGCACAUUGUUGUCUGUGGCCACAUCACUUUGGAAAGUGUGUCCAAUUUCUUGAAGGACUUCCUACACAAGGACAGGGAUGAUGUCAACGUAGAAAUUGUCUUUCUGCAUAAUAUCUCCCCUAACCUUGAAUUGGAAGCUCUUUUUAAACGACACUUCACUCAGGUGGAAUUUUUUCAGGGUUCAGUUCUCAAUCCGCAUGACUUGGCUAGAGUAAAGAUAGAGUCAGCAGAUGCUUGCUUGAUCCUUGCCAACAAAUACUGCGCAGAUCCAGAUGCUGAAGAUGCUUCUAAUAUCAUGAGAGUAAUUUCUAUAAAGAACUACCACCCAAAAAUAAGAAUAAUCACUCAGAUGCUGCAGUAUCACAAUAAGGCCCAUCUGCUGAAUAUUCCAAGCUGGAACUGGAAGGAAGGCGAUGAUGCCAUAUGCCUUGCAGAACUGAAGCUGGGAUUCAUUGCCCAAAGCUGCCUGGCACCAGGCCUAUCGACCAUGUUGGCAAACCUCUUCUCCAUGAGAUCAUUUAUAAAGAUUGAAGAGGAUACUUGGCAGAAGUACUACUUGGAAGGAGUAGCUAAUGAAAUGUACACAGAGUAUCUUUCUAGUGCCUUUGUUGGUCUGUCAUUCCCUGCUGUUUGUGAGCUGGUCUUUGCAAAGCUAAAGCUUUUAAUGAUAGCCAUAGAAUACAAGUCGGAAAAACGGGAAAGCAGGUACGUAACUAUCAGAACUUUUUCAUAG